UGAACCAUGGUUCAUUAUAGCACAGUUCCUGGCUUGUUUAAUUUGUGCUCAGUAAUCUGAAGUUGAGUGUGUGGCGGGUGGCAGUGGAGGGAGUAUUUAUCUGUGAUUGUGUCUCUUGAAUUUCAGAUGAGAUUCUGGAAGUGCUGUCUGAUACUGAGGAGAAGCCAUGCCAGGAGCCUCCAAUCAUUAUCAUUGAUGAUGAUGAUGAUGAUUUGGAGGGCCCUGUGAUAAUAGAAGAUGAUUCGUGUGACGAGGGCCAGACUCCCUCAAAUGAGCAAAAGAAGGAUGAGUUUACUAUCUUCCAACGGAAAGUAUCUAAUAAUGUUGGUCAUCAGAAUCUUAAGAAAGAUCCCUGCCAACCACCAGUUGAUGAUCCUAACGUUGAACUAGCGAUGUCAAUUAGCAAGUUGUCAACUGAUGAAAAGCCUGAGCCUGUGGUGGAACAACCAAUGAAAAGGAAGAAUAAAAGCAAGAAUAUAUCCGUGAAACCUGUUGUUGAAGGACGGAAGACACGUGGGUCUUCCAAGAAGAAACCAAGUGCAGCAAAAAGUGAAAAAUGCAAGCCUGGGGCUUCUGAAUGCAAAAUACCUGGAUGUUUCUUGCGUGGCCUUGAGAAUUUAAAGGAGUAUUCUGGCAAGAAGUUCAAGCGAAAUAAGGAUGAACUGGUUCAGAGAAUCUACGCUCUGCUUAACAGCUCUGUCUUUGAUGAAAAGCUGCCGGAGAAAAUUGAUAUCGGCUGGAAUAAAAAGAUGCUGAGAACUGCUGGCUUAUGCACCACUGGCGAGAUUCGACGCCCGAAGAGGCAGCGUUAUGCGAAGAUUGAGAUUUCUCUGAAAGUCUGCGACUCUGCAGACCGACUCCGGGAUACUUUGAUCCAUGAGAUAUGCCACGCAGCCUCCUGGCUACUUGAUGGUAUCCGUGAUUCCCAUGGUGAUGCCUGGAAGUAUUAUGCCCGAAAAUCUAAUAUGGUGCACCCGGAGCUGCCCAAGGUCACUCGUUGCCAUAACUAUGAGAUAAACUACAGGAUUGUUUACGAGUGUACUAAGUGCAAAUCCAGGAUCGGCCGCUACACCCGAUCCCUGAACACUGACCGCUUCAUCUGUGCCCAGUGCAGGGGCCCUCUGGUCAUGCUGCCACAGACUCGGAAGGAUGGGACCCCCAUUCAGCCCCAUGUGAGACCAUUUGCCAAGUAUGUGAAGGAGAAUUACAGGAUCGUUCAGAGGCAGACAGAAGGAAUUAGUCAUGGAGAUGUGAUGCGAAAGCUCAGCAAGGAUUUUGCUGCCAAAAAAAAAAUGCUGGGUCUUUGAGGUUUUCUGAGUAUUUGUGUGAGGUGAGUCGUCUAUUGGUCAGGAGUUUUAGAAAGAGAUCUUAGACGAAGUUAGGAAUAUUAGAGUUUAAAUCCUUUUAAAGUAGCUUCCUGUUGUUAGUAAAUGAUUGUUCUUAACCAAGGGUUAACUGUUUUGUGCCCUUAGUCUUACUCAGAAGCCCUUGGUAUCUACCUUGGGUCUUACUUAGAUGCUGUAGUUGUAAUGUAGUGAAUGAAAUGCAAAAGAGGAAUGAGUUUUGGAGAGUGGCAGGUGGAGAGAGUGAGAGUUAAUGCUGAAGAGAGAACAAGUUUUAAAGGCAGUCCUUCAAAAGCAGGGCUGCUGUCAGGUGUAGCCUGUUAUACUUACCUAGAAUUAAAGGACAAAUGUGUUUCAUAAAUUAGUUGAUAUUGUAUGAAGCCGUCUGAGCCAAUGUAACUGUUCACAAGAUAAGAAAUAAAUAAAUAAAUUG